AUGUUCGCCAUGACUACUCUUGUCCCGCAAUUGCAAGGGACAGCUGAUCUGGGCUUUCCUCCUUUUGAAGAAGAAUACGAGCAUGGCCAUGAGGGGAGGGGAGGGCAUGUCAUCGUCGCGUCGCUGUUCGUCGAGAGCUUGUGUGUGUGUCGCCUCCACUCCGAGGUCCACCCGUCGACCCAAUGCCACGGGGUCGUCGACGUGGGCCGUGCGGUCCAUGAUCAACCGGACACGACAUGGAACAGGAACCAACACUCCAUCAGCGGGCUAAACUCUAUUACCGUCGAAGAACCCCCUACAAUGGCACACCUACUGGAGAGUCAAGGGCACAAAGUACAUUUGUACUGCCGGUAG